AUGACUACGGACAGGUUCCAUAAAGCCGCCAAAGAUGGCUUACUAGAGGUGUUGCGAGAAGCUACAAGAAAAGAAUGCAACAAUAAAGAUGAAUCAGGCAUGACGCCCACGCUGUGGGCUGCCUUCGAGGGACACAUCGAAGCACUGCGUCUAUUAUGUGGCCGAGGAGGUGAACCCGAUAAAGCCGACUACUUCGGCAACACAGCACUGCAUCUCUCUGCUGCGCGGGGACACAAGGAAUGCGUGACUUUCCUCGUGAACUUCGGUGCUAAUGUCUACGCAAUGGAUGUGGACGGACAUACGGCUCAAGAGCUUGCAGCCAUCAAUGGACGAGACGAUAUUCUGCGAUUCCUAGAUCAAUCAACAGCUAAAUUGGAGAACAAUGACAAAAAAAAGUCGAAGUCCCUUAAAGAAAAAGCUAAAAAAGAUUACGAGAAAUCACACAAACAGUACCAAAAACGUCAGAGCAAAGCGGAUCUAAUGGCGGAGAAGGAACUUAAGAAGUUGGCCAAAGAGUGGGACCAGGGUUAUGCUGAGGAAAUACAUACCAUGCCACAUCGACCUAGCAACGUUCUUUGGGCUCUUAAACAAAAGAUGACCAGGUCUACCAGCCAUGGUAAUCUUCUGGCCGACGAACAACCGCGACCUACCUACAGUGCUCUGGUCGGCACGGUGAACUCAGGUGCUCGGGGACGUGGAGCUGUAUACAAGAAGGCCCUCGCCAGCAAGCUUCGGAAUAACACUGUCGGUCGGAACACAUUUAAUAAUGACGAUUUUAAGGUGGGUGAAAUAGAAACAACAGGUCGUCGCUCAGUGACGUCACUGAGCGGCAUGCGUCGCGACAGUGAAGUGAUGUACGUGGGUACGUUCGGCGCUGGCCCACAACAACGGCAGCCUGUCGCUGACGUCUUCACUGAAAAGGAAAAUAGCGUGCCUGCUUCAAAACCAGCGCUCACUAGAUCAGCAAGUCAGCCUGACUUUACGGCAGCCGCGAACGAAGACAGCGGCAUUGGGCAGGAGGUGAUGCUGCAAGAACCCGCUAGUAUAUUCGAAAGACCUGGCUUUGGUAGUGUUGCGUUCAGACGUUCGAUAACAGCGACCCUGAGCUCGCUGGGCGGCGCCGCGCCGGGCGAGGACCUGUCCAUCGGCUCGGCGGGGUCGCUGGCCGCGCGCCACGCCUACCAGCCCGCCGAGUGGACCUCCGCGCACUCCGAAAGUUCAACUAUAACAUCAGACGAAGAAAACGAAGCCGAAGAAUCAGGCUACGGUUCCCUCGAACGCUUCCUUACAGCUUGGGGUCUCUCCCAGUACGUGCAGAAAUUCAAAGACGAGCAGAUAGACCUGGACGCUCUCAUGCUGCUCACUGAAGGAGACAUGAAAUCACUAGGCCUGCCUCUAGGUCCAUAUAGGAAGUUGGUCACAGCCGUGCAGGAGAGGAAACAGGCAUUGUCACAUCCUGGUGCUAUUAUUGAUACUGCUGUUUAA